AUUUAAAUUUGUUUACAUUCAAAUAAUUAUUCAAUCAGGAACUUCAUGUCAUAGACCGCGCCUUUUAAAACUAUGGAUUCAGAUUCUGAUUUUUAUAUAUCUUACUCUUGUCCAAGUGUUUACAAAGUAGACCUGACUUCGUUCAAAGAUAUGCUCCUGAACUACAUUGAUAUAAUUGGAGGAGUUGCAUUUUCAGGCAUUGAAACAUCAUUUGUGGAAUAUGUAACCAGUAUAGUAGAGCCUGUUGGUUGGAAAGCUGUGUGGAGAUCAACAAAAGAUACAUCUCCCUUGGAUGCAGAAUAUGAUUUUAUUGCAGAAGUGACUAAUGUAAGUUUGCAAUCAUUAGAAGCAGAUAUUUUUGUGAAGUCCAUUAUUGUUGAUGAUGGAAUCACUCACAAUUUAGAUAAGUUAAAAGAGGAAAUAAAUGUUGAGAAUCCAAGAACAGUUCCACUUACAGAAUUAUAUGUAGUGAGUGAAGAUGACUAUGAAACUCAGUUUGAAGAAACAGCUAUUGCUAUUGAAUAUGUGAGGAUUUUCUUUAAACAUAUUUGUAGACCAUGGGACAGUGAGGAAGAGACUGUUUAUACCGAAGAAAUUCUUAAAUCCCGUUUGCAGCUAUAUUUUGAUAUGAAGAAUAAUGUAUUACCAAAGACUAUGAUUUCAAAAAUAAAGUCAAUUCUAAAAGAAGGUUCAAGAAUUGUAAAAGAGUUGAAAAUGCUAUAUUCAGAAAUGCAUGUUAGUGAUUCUGAAGCAGAAAUAAACGAGGAUGAUUUGAUGCAUUCGCUAACAUUAAGAAAAAAGUUGGAAAAGCUUCAAGCCAAAAUGGAAAUGUUAGAGAACCCAGUUAUAAGAACAUUUGUUACAAAAAAGUAUACGCCUGGCAGGUCAUUAAAAAAGCAACCAAAAUCAUCUCCAGUGACAUAUGUGGUAGCAAAAGAAUUUAGCAAAGAAAUUGUAAAAAAAGUGUUAUCACUAGAAUCCACAUCAGUAUUAGAAUUUGAACAUCAUCCAGAAAUUGCUUUCAAACAUAGUACAACUGGAGACAAAAUAUUCAUUUUUCCAGGCAUUUAUGAAUGUGAUAAUUUAGGAUGGUUAGAAUGUGAUAUUUCUGUUCAAGGUAUAGGUGUAGCUGCAGACAUUGUUCUUGAAGCUACAGGAAAUAGUGAUGUUCUUCUAAACUGCUUAGCUGAGAAAAUAAUGAUUGAAAAUAUUUCUUUGGUUGGAAAAUCGGGACUUCUUAGUCCUAUUGUUGUUCAUCAUGGUGAAACUCAUUUGAAGAAUUGUGUCAUUGACAGCAAUGGAGCCAAAAUAGGCAUCUUGUUACUUGAAGGUGUGGAAGCAUCAUUGGAAAACACAACUGUAGCUAAUUCUAGUGAAGAUGGAGUACAGAUGAGAUCAUUAAGUGCUUGUUCUAUCAAAUCAUCAAAAAUCUUAUUUUCAAGAAGGCAUGGCAUACAAAUUGAUGCUGAAUGUGCAUUGUCACCUAACAGUUUUACUAAAAUUGUGAUAACCGAUUCACAGAUAACUAAUGUUGGUGGCUACGGCAUCUUUCUCAAUAAUGUGCCAAUAGCAGAGAUUUCUUUGCAAAGGCCUUCUGGAGAUUUUAAUGUCUUAGGAUUGUUUCCUUGGAUGAAAUACCAAAUAGAAGAUACUAUUUUGGAAAACAAUGGUGAAAAUGGUGUUGGAAUAUCUUCAUCUUGUAAAAAGCGUGAACAGUUACAAUCAGAGUCUUCUCUUUUUGUUCCAUCUAAUUGCAGCUUAACUGAUGAUAUGAAUCACUCUGCAUUAAGCGAUCUUUUAAAUGAAAUUAAUAUAAGUAUUGAUAAUCUUGAAACUAACUGAGCAUUUUACAAAACGUUUUUUUUAUUAGUAUAGUUUUAGCUAUGGACAUGUUUAUAGAAAGUUUUUUUUUCCAUGUGUGUAUGUGUGUGAUAUAUAUAUCUAGAGAGAAAGAGAGCAGCUAUUGUAGAAAGUUUUACAAACCUUAAUUUUUAAUAAUGCCUAUUAUGGUAGUAUGCCAUGAUUUAUCUAAUCACAAGCAUUUAUUUAUUAAAAUAAUUUUAUCUGGUUGAUAAUUGAAAUGAUAUAUAUUUAUUUAUUUAAAGAAAAUUGAGAAUUAAGGAAAUCAUAAUUUUGU